AUGAUGGACGAUAUGACUGGAGAAGAACUGUUCUUGGGAGCCUGCGACAGUAGAAGAGUUGGUUAUGUUGCUGUCCUCAUCAGCACGAACAUGGCAAUGAACAUCAAUUCUUUCGAACAACUUACGACCCGAAUCGGACCUUUACGGAUGGGAUUAUGUGGUUCCACGCCAGCUUUGACUACUUUCGUCGCUUACGCUCCAACAUCAAGCUCCGAAGAAGAAGUCGAAGUUUUCGACAUGGACCUGGGAAAGUUCUACAGAGAAGAUCAUAACUUCUAUAGAGUCAUAGUUGGCGAAUUCAGCACCAAAAUUGGCCCAGAAGAACUCCUGAGGAUCUUCACAUCGCGAUCCGUAGCCUACUACUAA